AUGGACGACGAGGCAGAGAAAAUUGUGCUGGAGAUUCCUGAAGAGGAACCAGCCGAAAUAGAAAGCCCUGAAGCUUCCGAAGUCCAGUUGCCACUGGAGAAUGGAAAAACAACUAACAAUGGAACGAGAACGCCAUCGAUAAAGUCUGACAAUGGGAAAAGAAGCCCAUCCAUAAGAUCUGAGAACGGAAAGACACCGUCAGUGAAAUCUGACAGUGACAAAACAGCAUCAAUAAAAUCUGACAAUGGGAAAAUAAGUGGAAAUGGGGUAGAAGAAUUGAUAGAAGAGGUCACCGAUCCCUAUGAAGAGAAGUCGAGGAGUCAAGAGGAGCUCCGAAAAUUGGAGGAACUGAGUUUGGAUGGGAAACCGACGUCGUUGGAAGAACUGGGCAGGGAGAGAGCUCAGCGAGUGAAAGCUAAGAUCUAUAGGCAGUGUCACAGGCGUUUCAGGGAGAUAAUUGGCAAGAGGGAGAUGAAGAACGAGGAAUUGGAGAAGCAGCAGGGCGACUUGAAGCAUCGGUUGAACAUGUUAGAGUGUUCGAUGCCGGCCGUGAUGGUCUGGAACAUCUGGAGGAUGUCCCAAGGCAAUUGUGUGCCGAACUUAAAACGCGUGAUGGAGAAACAGUUUCUGGGCCCGGCUGCCGGCGAAGUUUACUGUCCCAGCACUCCCAGCAGACACUUCGACUGCAGGGUGAGGGAGAUCGAGGCUGAGAGAAAGCAGGCACAGAAACGAGUGGAGGAGGCCAGGGCUUUGUGGAGCGAGAAGACGAGUCUGUUGGAAGAAAGGAGUAAGAGAUUGGAAGAAGUUAAGAGGAUUCAGGAGGAGACCAAAUUGAAGAUCGAACAGCUGAUCAUUGAGGCUAAGAGGCUGAAGGAGGCAGCCAAGAUAGAAGACGAUGGGUCUUGCGAAACUGGCGAGUGCGGGGUGAUACAGUGCAAGAAAAAAUGGCUGGAGAAGGUGCCCAGCAAUGCUUCUAUAAAAUCGGCGGACAUCGUGUGCCUGGACAAGCUCCAAGAGCUCGCGCAGAACGAGUACUGUAUCAAAAGGCAUAUCGCCGAUCUCGAGAGCCGCGAGGAGGCUUACAUGAGGACGUUACAGCAAGCGGAUGAACUCUGGUGCAAAUUGGAAUCAGACGCGGCCAGCACUGUGAGCGCGUUGCAGGAACAGCUGGACAUGAAAACGGCUGCGAAUCAACAGAUGGCUGACAGGAUUGUAGCCCUGGAGGAUGUGAUAGAACAGUUGAGAGCUAGGCUAGGCCUUUGCACUGGAGAGUUAGAGAAAUAUAUGAGCAAGAGCAAGAUUGAUGCUCUCAUAGGGAGAGACGACGAUUUCGCUGAGAUGUUGGAUAAAGCGCUGCGAGCAGCUCCGGAUGCGCGAGACAAGAUGGUAGGCAUAGAGAGAGAGAUGAUGGACAGAGAUAUGCUGGCCAAGAUGGACAUGAGCGACGCGAAACUGGGCAUCCAUCCUGAAGACUUCGCCUAUGAGGAUGAGAGGCUUCAGGAAGCCAGAGCUUAUCUAGAGAAGCUCGGAUUCUCACUUUCAGAACUGGACAAAUAUCCUGAUGACUUAGUCUGCGCGGCAGACUUCGCUUGCAACGAUUUGGUAUUCACUGAGACCGGAUUGACCGAAGAGGAGAUGCAGGCUUUGAAGGAGGGACGUGUCACUGCGAAGAUGUUGUUAGAACAGUGUGGAGUGUCGGUCGAUUUGGAGCUGGAGCAAGAAGCUGCUGGGGUGGAGAGGAUUGAGAGGACAGUGAGGUCAGAAAUGUACGAGAUGGAAGAAACGAGGGAAGCGGUUGGAAUGAUGAAGGAACGUGAGAUGAUGAUUGAAAAGAGUGUAGAGGAAAUCGGGGUGGGAGAUCAGGAAGAUGAUGUACCUGCGGACGAUACUACGACUUAUGAGGAUACUACUGAUAUGGAAGAUUUCGUGGAUGCACCAGCGUACACCGAGACGAGAGUUCAUAAACGUGAUGUAGACGAAGGAGAAGAUCUCUCGGCAAUGGAAGUGACGACUGAACCGAGUCUUGAAUUUCCUUCAGAGGAAGUUGUUCAUGACGAGUCAGUGGUCGUUCCGAGGACUGAAAUGUUGGACUGGCAGGAUGACGUUGAUACUAUUCGAUCUACCAUUGCGGAGUGCCCUGAUUGCAUUGUCGUGAAGAAGGAUGCCGACGAACUGGCUGUCAAGAUGGCUCGUUACACCGGCGUUAGUAUCGAAGAUCAAACUAUUACGGAAGUGACAGAAAUAGCCGACAGUCCUCGCGAAAUCCUUGCACCGUCUGAAAUUCCCAAACCCGAGGUGCCAGUCGCGGUUGAGGCUAAACCCGAAGUUGUAGAAGCCGAAGUAACAGUCGCACCGUCGGUUGAGGAAAAAAUAGUUGAGGCUAAAGUUGCAGAACCUGAUGUGAAAGUGGAACCAGAAGAGCCCCCUGAGGUACUGGAACCACCUGCAGUGGCUCCAGUUGAGGCACCGCCACCCACGGCACCUCCAGUUGUAACACCGCCACCUGCAGUGGCUCCAGCUGAGGCACCACCUCCUCCUAAGGCACCUCCAGCUGCAGCACCACCGCCCACAGUACCUUCAGCUGAGGCACCAUCUCCUACGGCACCUCCAGCUGUAGCACCACCACCUGCAAUGGCUCCAGCUGUAGCACCACCACCUGCAAUGGCUCCAGCUGUAGCACCACCACCUGCAGUGGCUCCAGCUGAGGCACCAGUUCCUCCUAAGGCACCUCCAGCUGUAACACCACCGCCUACAGUACCUCCAGCUGUAACACCACCACCUGCAGUACCUCCAGCUGAGGCACCAUCUCCUACGGCACCUCCAGCUGUAACACCACCACCUGCAGUGGCUCCAGCUGAGGCACCACCUCCUACAAUCCCUCCAGCUGUAACACCACCACCUGCAGUGGCUCCAGUUGAGGCACCGCCACCCACGGCACCUCCAGUUGUAGCACCACCUCCUACACCACGUCCAGCUGAGGCACCGCCACCUACGCCACCUCCAGUU